CUGUUAUCAACUUCUUCCUCCUUCUACAAUCUUCCGAAGCUUUCGUUUCGAAUUCGUUUUUCAUCAUCGUUCAGUAAUUUCAAUCCGAUUGUUUCACCUAUUUCACUUUUUUUUCCUAAAUUAGAAUCAAUAAAUUCAUAUAGAAUUUUCAAUUUCACUUCAUUCAUUCAUUCCUGAAAAAAUCGAUUCCAAAUUUUUCAUUAUAUACAAUUUUCCGCUUCUCAUAUAUUUUUUUUAUUAAUUUUUUUCGUUUUUGUUUAAAAAAAAUAUAUAUAAUUCUAAUUUCGUCGUUAAUAUUUUCUAAUUUGAAUCUAAAUUAUCAUGUUUAGUCACACAAAUGCGUUUUAAUUAAAAAAUUUAAUUAAUAUUAUAUAUUUUUUUAAUUAAUGAAUAAUUUAUUUAAUUAUGGUUUUAUAAUUUUUGGAUGAUAUGAACAGGGUGAUGUGAAGUGGUUAGAUCUUGAAGAUUGCAAUUAGUUUAGAAUAUUAAUUGGUUUAAUGUUUAAUGCUAUGGCUCACACUUUGAAUGUAUUGGUACAAAUAUAGUAAGAAAGGGACCCAAUAAUAAUAUAUUGUUACCAAAUUAUAGGCAAUUCCACAAUCUGGGCCUUCUCUGUUGUUGCAUUUCACUGUUUUCUUUUUGUGUGUGAGUGUUUACUUUUUCUACCACCACCACCACCGACACUUAGAAUUGGAGUGGGAUAUUGUGUUUGUGAUUUGAAAUGGACCGAAGGUGGCCUUGGAAGAAAAAAUCAUCUGAUAAGACUGUGCUGGAGAAAGUAGCUGCUGAAUUGGAUUCUGCUGGUGCCUCUAAUCAGGAAAAUCAGGAUGUUUAUAAGAAGCCGAAAUAUGUACAAAUCUCUGUAGAAUCAUAUUCACAUUUGACGGGUUUGGAAGAUCAAGUGAAGACAUAUGAAGAAAAGGUAGAGACACUUGAGGAUGAGAUCGCGGAAUUAAAUGAAAAACUAUCAGCAGCAAACACAGAGAUAACUACCAAGGAAGGUUUGGUAAAACAACAUGCUAAAGUAGCUGAAGAUGCUGUCUCAGGCUGGGAAAAGGCAGAAGCAGAAGCUUUGGCGUUAAAGAACCAUCUAGAAUCUGUCACUCUUUCAAAACUUACUGCUGAGGAUCAGGCAUCGCAGUUAGAUGGUGCUCUUAAGGAGUGUAUGCGACAGAUAAGAAACCUGAAAGAAGAACAUGAACUGAAAAUACAGGAAGUCGCCCUUGCAAAAACCAAGCAAUUGGACAAGAUUAAGGGUGAGUUUGAGGCUAGGAUACGGAAUUUUGAACAGGAACUCCUCAGGUCUGCUGCUGAUAAUGCAGCUCUGUCAAGGUCCUUGCAGGAACGUUCUAACAUGCUAGUCAAACUAAGUGAAGAAAAAGCUCAUGCUGAGGCUGAAAUUGAGCAUCAUAAGAGCAACGUAGAAUCAUGUGAAAGAGAAAUCAAUUCACUUAAAUACGAGCUUCAUGUUAUUUCCAAAGAGCUUGAAAUUCGUAAUGAAGAAAAGAACAUGAGUAUGAGGUCUGCAGAAGCUGCUAACAAGCAGCAUGCAGAGGGUGUAAAAAAAAUUGCCAAGUUAGAGGCAGAGUGCCAAAGGUUACGUGGUCUAGUACGGAAAAAGUUACCCGGUCCUGCUGCGCUUGCACAAAUGAAGCUGGAAGUUGAAAGUCUUGGCCGAGAUUAUGGAGAAACUCGAUUGAGGAAGUCUCCUGUCAAACCUGCUAGUUCUCAUUUCUCUCCGGUGCCUGAUUUCUCCCUGGAGAAUAUACAGAAAUUCCAGAAAGAUAAUGAAUUUCUUACAGAGCGCUUAUUGACAAUGGAAGAAGAAACAAAGAUGCUGAAAGAAGCUUUGGCAAAACGUAACAGUGAAUUGCAGGCUUCAAGGAGUAUGUGUGCUAAAACACUUAGCAAACUUCAAAUUUUGGAAGCACAAGUUUCGCCAAGUAUUCAUCAAAAGGGAUCUCCAAAAUCUACCACUCAUAUGAACCAUGAAAGCAUUUACAGUCAAAAUACAGGUUAUGCACCAAGCAUGAUCUCCAUAUCGGAAGAUGGCAACGAUGAUGCAAGAAGCUGUGCUGAGUCUUGGUCUACAGCAUUAAUCUCUGAGCUAUCCCAAUUCACAAAGGAAAAGAAUGCUGAUGAAUUGGGCAAAUCUGAAGCGACUGAGAAGUUGGAACUGAUGGAUGACUUUCUAGAGGUCGAGAAAUUUGCUGGAUUAUCAAAUGAUUCUAUUGAAGACGCUUCUGCGUCAUUUACUUCAAACAAUAACACGGAAGAAAUUGUGACCAAUGAGGUAUCCGAAGUUUGUACUAGCAAAGAUGAUCCCUCCGAGUCUGAAAAGAACAAUGAUUUGAAUCCGUUGGUAAUUCAAGUGUCCCCUGCUGCAGUAUCACCCAGUUCCGGUGGGAUUGAUGGCUUAUCACCAGCAGAACUUCAAUCAAGAAUACAAUCAGUUUUUGAGUCCGUGGCUAAGGAUGCUGAUGUGAGUCAGAUACUGAAGGAUAUUAAACGCGUUCUUGAAGACGCGCAUGAUACAUCCAUCCAAGACUCUGCAGCUGCCAUUCCCCUCGAGGCCCCACCUUCUGAUAUUCCAUGUGAUAAAAAGGAUAAUUCUGAAGAUGCUGGUUCAGUCGCAGAAAAAGAACUCAUUUCUUCCCAAGAACCUUCUCAAUAUAUACAGAUAACUUCUGAUAUAGAAGCUGCAAUUUCUCAAAUUCAUGACUUUGUAUUGUUCCUAGACAGAGAAGCAAUGACAGUUCAUGAUAUAUCUUCUGGUGGAGAUGGGAUAAGCCAAAAGAUGGAGGAGUUCUGUGUUACUUACAAUAAAGUUAAAUGCCAUGAAGCAAGUUUACUGCAGUUUGUUCUUGAUCUGUCUCAUGUAUUGGCUAAAACAAGUGAAUUCAGAUUUAAUAUACUUGGUUAUAAAGGUAUGGAAACUGAAACUAACAGUCCUGAUUGCAUAGAUAAGAUUGCUCUGCCUGAAAAUAAGUUAGUUCAAGACAAUUCGUCGGAAGAGAGAUAUCAAAAUGGUGAUUCCCGUAUUCUUAAUCCCUGUUCUAAUCCCGAGGUUCCAGAUGAUGGAAAUUUGACCUCAAGCUAUGAAUCAAAUGCCGCAUCACAAAAAUUCUCCAUGGAGGAAUUUGAGGAAUUGAAAUUAGAGAAAGAGAAGGCAAUUGUGGAUCUGUCGAAGUAUUCGGAAAACCUUGAAAUGACAAAGUCUCAGUUGCAAGAGACGGAACAACUUCUAGCUGAAGCUAAAUCGCAACUGGCUUCUGCUCAAAGGUCAAACAGCUUAGGUGAGACUCAACUAAAAUGCAUGGCAGAGUCGUACAGAUCACUUGAAACACGUGCACAGGAGUUUGAGACUGAGCUCAACCAUCUGAGAAAGAAGAUAGAAACUCUUGAGAGCGAACUUAAAGAUGAAAAGAGAUCUCAUGAAGCAACUUUGGCGAAGUGCGCGGAGCUAGAAGAACAACUGCAAAGGAAUGAGAGCUCAGCUGCUGAUAAUGAACUUAAGACUAAAAAGGAGAGAGACUUGGCUUCUGCUGCUGAAAAACUAGCCGAGUGUCAAGAAACAAUAUAUCUUCUUGGCAAGCAGCUAAAAGCAAUGCAUCCUCAAACAGAACCAGUGGGAUCUACGUACGGUGAGAGGUCUCACCUUUCGAAGGUUGAAGGUUUCGCAGAGCAUGAAGUUCAGAGCCCAAAUAUGCAAGAUCUGGAUCAAGUUGAGAUGGACGGUGCUAGUUUUGCUUUUAUGCAAAGACAGGGUGCAGAGUCCCCUUUGCAUUUUACUAACAGUUUAUAUAGUCCAUCAGAUAAUGACUCAAACUUUCAAGUCAUAUCUCCUUUACCGCAUCCAACUCACAAGCCUACAAAGUCGACCUCUUCGUCAGCUUCUUCGACUCCCACACCAGAAAAACAUGGACGGGGUUUUAGUAGAUUCUUUUCAUCAAAAGCAAAAGUUGGCCAUUAAGCGUUUGCAGCAUACAGGACCCGUGUAAUUCAUGAUUUGAAGCUACAUAGUAAUGACUCUUGGACAGCACCAGGUUGCAAACCCCUUCAUGAUUGAACGAAAUUGAGCAUAUGGGAGGUUUGCAUAGUUGAAGGAGAAGAUGCCAUGAAUGCCUGGUAAUGGUAUUCUUGUAUCUAAUGGGUUGUACAUGGUAACCAUAUAUGUUUUAUUCUUUUUUCUUUUUAUUGUUUCCCCCAGGUUUUGUAAACAUUGACAUAGUCUCUGAAAUAUUACAGGUUAUGUUGCAUUUCAGAA